AUGAAGAUACUAUUUUCGCUCCCAUUUGCUUUCGCGGAACCCGUUCUUCACAGAGUCACGAGAGAUAGCAAUGCUAGUGUAGAGCCAGAAGCCGGUAGGCUGGAAGUAGGCACUGGAGGGGAAGAUCGUCGAUACGUCCAACUUGUAGAUCAGAUCAAAUACUUCAAUCCAGCUUUUGAUCACAGAAAAUUCUGGGCGUAUGGUUGCAAUUGUCUGCUUUUAGGAGACCGACCGAUGUCUGAUCCAGGUUGGGGUCCACCCAUCGACGCUCUGGACACAGUUUGCAAACAUUAUAAGGAUUGUGCUCAAUGUGCCAAAAAGAAGCAUGGGGAGAUGUGCAUUAAUGAAUUUGUGAGAUAUAAAUACAGUAAAACUCAAUACGCGAACGGAAACUCGAUGUGCAGAGACGCGCCUAAUUCUUGUGCGAGAGAUCUAUGUGAAUGCGAUUUUGCCUUUGCAAAAGCACACUACCCAGCAAUAGAUGUUUUCAAUUAUGACUAUCAUCUCUUCUGGACAACCACGAAUUGGUAUCCCGAAGAUAACUGUCCACAACCGCCCGGCUCUGUUCCAGUUGCACCUCAAUGCUGUUAUUCUCUUACUGGCCCAGCUGUGAUUUACAAUAGCCUUACUCAUACGUGCGAUGCAUCUGGUGCUAUAACGAAAAAUGAAUAA